AUGGACCGCAUUCACUACGCGGAGUUCUGCCGGCGCGUCGAGAAGCGCUUGCCGCAGGGCGCGUGGAUGGCGGUUCGGGAGUUCGAAGCCCGCUUCGGCAAGAUGGCGCGCCCAGGGCUGGUGUUCCUGUGGUGCUGGAUCGCAGCAGUGGGGCCGGGGUACGUGCGGCGGGAGGCCAUUCUGCUGGGCGCACGGCGCCUGCGCGCGUCCCAGGAUGCGGACUACGAGCUGGGGGUGUUUGACCAGCUGCUGGACGACCCCACUAAGGAUGCCGGCUACGAGCUGGGGGUGUUCGACCAGCUGCUGGACGACCCCUCCAAGGUGCGAUGGUACCCCUUAGCGGAGGCGGCAGCAGCAGCAGUGCCAGUGGAGGCCAGGGCAGAGGUGGCUCUAGACGCCAUUCUCGACUGUUGCGUGGGGCCGCCAUCUCAGCGCCAGCUGGACGAUGAUGAUUGGCAGCUGCUGCUCACGAUCCUCGCUGGCGUGUUCCCGUCUGCUGAUCCGUCUGCACUGGAGAAUGCUGUGAAUGCGCGCAGAGAGGCCAGCCUGCCUGGUACUGUGGAGGAGGAGGAGAAGGUAGAGUAA